UAAAGUUAAAAUAUUAAAAUUCUAUAUGGUCAGAGUAGUCCUAUCAUGGAGUUACCCUGGUUGAUUAGCAUUUCUAGACAGAACCAUGAAGAAAAAGUUCUUGUGAUCGCUGAAGAUUACGCUACUUUGUACAAAGUCAACGAAAAGUGGCCUGGUCAUGCUGUUCUCAUUCCUCCAGCGUUGGAUCCUCAAGCCGCACACAUUUGGUUCCCAGGUUACAAUGUUAUGUACAAUGAUGUUGAUAUGGUCUGGCUACAAGAUCCGUUUCAAUAUUUACAAGGAAGCCACGACGCAUACUUCAUGGAUGACAUGAUUGCGAUUAAGCCUUUGAAUCACUCCCAUGGUCUACCACCUCGGAGUCGAAGCGGAGUGACUUAUGUAGAUGUCUACUUGCUUCCGCAAUCAGCUUUCCCAUCAGGAGGAUUGUACUUCAAGAAUGAGACAUGGGUUAAUGAGACAAAGGGGAAACAUGUCAUAGUCCACAAUAACUACAUUAUUGGUUACGAACGGAAGAUGAAACGCUUUCAAGACUUUAAUCUAUGGCUAGUAGAUGACCAUGCUCUCGAGUCCCCACUGGGAAUAUUAAACCAGAUUCAGAUUCCUCGGUCACACAUGAAUGAUCCCAUUCCCAAACUCGCAGUGGAAGUUCAGGUCCAAGAGAGAAGUCUCUCUCCAUCAGAAGGAUAUACAAACUCAAUCCUCCUCAUCAUCAAUACCAUAAAGGAUGAGAUCCUUGUAAACCCUGCCACCGGCCAUCGAACCGUAACGUCAAUUCCGCUUUCCUAUAAAUCACUUCCCAUCAAUUUCAGUCUCCCUAGUUGUAGUCACCAGCACAUCCAAUCGUUACUCCACGAUCGACUCUAUAGCGACGACCAUUGGUUGUGCGAAUACUUAGUCCCAAAGAUCUCAACGGCAGCAAUCAACUCAGGUUUUGGGUACAAUGGCGUUGAAUUGAAUGUGUGCGUCACAGUUAGUUACCGGUACUUCCAUGUCGACGAGAGAUCAUUAAAGAUAUCAAGGAUGGUUCUACAAGGGAGCAUAAAAGCAGAGGAAUUGAAGAGUUUGAAGAUGAAAACAGAGUCCUGUUCAAUUUGUCUCCAGAGUCUAGUCUCCGGUAUGAAAACAGUACCCACUCGCAUGAGUUGUUCACAUGUCUUCCAUAAUGGAUGUCUCGUUGAGUGGCUAUACCGCAAAAACACUUGCCCAAUGUGUCGGACUGUGCUCUACGAUCGAUGAUUAUUGGAACAGAAGAUUGAAAUUUGGUUUCAUCUACUGAGAUAGCAUUACUUGGGUAUGUAAUUUAGUGUUUUUUGGAUUUUAAAUCGAAUUCAAGAAGAGGUUUGAAGUUUGUAAUAGCAUCAUUACUUGUAAUCACAUAAACUCUAAACUUUGCUCGUAUAAAUAAGUUCACAUGCU